GUGACCCCGGAAGUUAUUUCCCGGAGCCGGUAGCGGCGGAAAAGCGAGCUGAGGCCUUGGCAGCCCCGAGUUUGUUGGGGAGGCUGAAGGGUGCCUGGAGCUGCGGAAAGGGAAGGACAGUGGGGGACAGGUGCCCAGAGAACCGAACUCUUGGAGGCAGGCGGCUUCUGGUGAGGACCGAGGGGCUUCCUGUUACAGGAAGUUGGGUUGGGUCCCUGGGCCUCGCGGAAAGGCAGAAGGGAUGAGAAAACGGUGACUGCUCCCCGGUCCACCGGUUGCUGCCCCACCCCGUGUCUUGGAUGUAGCGGCCGGAAAGAAGAUCGGCCUCCCGCCCGGCAAUGGGAAAUCCAGAGAACAUUGAAGAUGCAUAUGUUGCAGUUAUCCGCCCAAAGAACACUGCCAGUCUCAACUCUCGGGAAUAUAGAGCCAAGUCCUAUGAAAUUUUAUUACAUGAAGUUCCCAUUGAAGGACAGAAAAAAAAGAGAAAGAAAGUUUUGCUGGAAACUAAACUUCAAGGCAACAGUGAAGUAGCACAAGGCAUAUUGGAUUAUGUUGUAGAAACUACCAAACCAAUUUCUCCUGCAAACCAAGGGAUCAAAGGAAAACGAGUGGUACUAAUGAAGAAGUUCCCUCUGGAUGGAGAGAAGACAGGCAGGGAAGCAGCACUGUUCAUUGUUCCAUCAGUUGUCAAAGAUAAUUCUAAAUAUGCAUAUACUCCCGGAUGCCCAAUUUUUUACUGCUUACAAGAUAUCAUGAGAGUUUGUAGUGAAUCCAGUACUCACUUUGCAACACUUACAGCAAGAAUGUUAAUAGCCUUGGAUAAGUGGCUAGAUGAACGUCAUGCACAGUCUCACUUUAUUCCAGCUUUAUUCCGGCCUUCACCCCUGGAGCGGAUAAAGACAAAUGUGAUAAACCCUGCAUAUGCUGCUGACUCUGGUCAGAUAGAAAACUCACUGCACAUGGGCUAUAGUGCACUGGAAAUAAAGAGUAAGAUGUUAGCCCUAGAGAAAGCAGACACCUGCAUUUACAACCCUUUGUUUGGAUCAGAUCUUCAGUAUACAAAUCGGGUAGAUAAAGUGGUAAUAAAUCCAUACUUUGGUCUAGGAGCACCAGACUACUCAAAAAUCCAAAUUCCCAAACAGGAAAAAUGGCAGCGAAGCAUGAGCAGUGUCAUGGAAGACAAAGAACGACAAUGGGUUGAUGAUUUUCCUUUGCAUCGGAAUGCCUGUGAAGGAGAUUCAGAGUUACUAAGCCAUCUUCUCAGUAAAGGAUUUUCAGUCAACCAACUAGAUAAUGACCACUGGGCACCCAUUCAUUACGCUUGCUGGUAUGGAAAAGUUGAAGCCACCCGCAUAUUAUUGGAGAAAGGAAAGUGCAAUCCAAACCUUUUAAAUGGCCAGCUUAGCUCACCUCUUCAUUUUGCUGCUGGAGGUGGACAUGCUGAAAUAGUACAGAUCCUCCUAACUCACCCAGACAUUGACAGACACAUAACAGACCAACAAGGAAGAUCUCCAUUAAAUAUUUGCGAGGAAAACAAACAAAAUAACUGGGAAGAAGCUGCAAGGUUGUUGAAAGAAGCCAUUAACAAACCAUAUGAAAAAGUCCGCAUAUACAGGAUGGACGGGUCGUAUCGCUCGGUUGAGCUGAAGCACGGUAAUAACACCACAGCGCAGCAGAUCAUGGAGGGGAUGCGCCUCUCUCAAGAAGCUCAGCAGUACUUCACCAUUUGGAUCUGCUCAGAAAACCUUAGCCUUCAGUUCAAGCCGUAUCAUAAACCCUUGCAACAAGUUCGUGACUGGCCUGAAAUACUUGCUGAAUUGACUAAUUUGGAUCCACAAAGAGAAACACCACAGCUUUUUCUAAGAAGAGAUGUGGGACUUCCUUUAGAAGUUGAGAAAAAGAUUGAAGACCCACUAGCUAUUCUUAUUCUCUUUGAUGAAGCCAGAUACAAUUUACUGAAGGGCUUUUAUACAGCUCCUGAUGCCAAACUGAUAACACUGGCAAGUCUGCUGUUGCAAAUAGUUUAUGGGAAUUAUGAGAGUAAGAAACAUAAACAAGGUUUCUUAAAUGAAGAAAAUCUGAAAUCCAUCGUACCUAUCACUAAACUGAAGAGUAAGGCGCCUCACUGGGUAAACCGAAUCCUCCAUGAGUACAAGAAUCUUAGUAUGAGUGAGGGUGUCAGUAAGGAAAUGCAUCACCUGCAGCGCAUGUUUCUACAGAACUGCUGGGAAAUUCCUACAUAUGGAGCAGCCUUUUUCACAGGACAGAUAUUUACAAAGGCAAGCCCAAGCAAUCAUAAAGUCAUCCCUGUAUAUGUGGCAGUGAAUAUAAAAGGACUUCAUCUCCUCAACCUGGAAACUAAGGCUUUACUCAUCAGUCUUAAGUAUUGUUGCUUUACGUGGCAGCUGGGAGAUGCUGGUACUUGUUUUCAAAUCCAUAGCAUGGAAAAUAAAAUGAGCUUUAUAGUACACACAAAACAGGCAAGUACUGAUAAUUAGUUUGGACUUAUAAUAAUAAACUAUAGUUUUUCAUUUUUCAAUUACUAAAUGUAUUA